CAACUUGUUUCCAGACAACUUGGCGAAGAUGUCUCCAUGGGCGGCUGUUAUUCUAUCUCUUGUGUUGACAACAAUAGAGACGAAAUCUAUCGCAGCAGACGAGACUAGAGAGAAACGAGGCUCUGUUUGUUACGGUUCUCUUGGCUGCUUCGCAACUGAAGGACCUUUUGGAGUCAGUUUAAAACGUCCGAUAGUGCUGAAUCCACAAUCUCCACAACAAAUCAGAACCCUCUUUAAGCUCUACACGCGUGAGUACAAAACUGUGCCUCAGGAUCUGCCAGCUAUCCACACCAGUAAUGCAUCCACAACUUUCUCUCAUUUCAAGACCAAAACUAAAACCAAAAUUUUGACCCACGGUUUUUUGGAUAACCCAGAUAUUUCUUCCUGGCAAAAAAAUUUAAAAGAUGAACUACUAAAACAAGGAGACUACAACGUUAUCCUAGUGGACUGGUCAAAGGGCAACUUGCCCCCUUACACCCAGGCCACUGCCAACACUCGAGUAGUCGGAGCCCAGAUAGCAGAACUGAUCAAGCAGUUAAUAAAAACUAAAGGUGUUACCGCAGCAGACUUUCAUCUCAUUGGACACAGCCUGGGGUCACACAUCAGUGGCUAUGCUGGGGAGAGAGUUCCUGGUCUUGGAAGAAUUACUGGUUUGGACCCUGCUGGACCUUACUUUGAAAACACUGACCACACCGUACGACUUGACCCAACGGAUGCAGUCUUCGUGGACGCGAUACACACUGACAGUGAAUCAUUAAUACAAUUCGGUCUGGGAUUAAAACAGCCAAUAGCAGACCUGGACUUCUUUCCUAAUUUAGGACGUGAUCAGCCAGGGUGUACGCGGAAUCCUUUCACUCAAAUAUCUGACUGGGGAUUGAUCCAAGGGACUUCUGAAGUUGUUGCCUGUAAUCACUUUAGGGCAAUCCACUUCUUCACAGAGAGUAUCAAUACACGGUGCCCAUUUAUGGGCUAUGCAUGUAACUCUGAAGAGGACUUCACUAGCGGACGAUGUAACUCCUGUGGAGCUGCUGGCUGUGCGUACAUGGGUUUUCAUGCUGACAGACAUGUCCCGCCCAGAGGACAGACAAGAAAGAUUUACUUGACUACAUCCACACGUAAACCUUUCUGUCAGUAUCACCUAGAUGUCGCUGUGAAACUCUCCUCUGGAACAGGUCAGACUGAGCGAGGUAAACUGUUUGCUAUCUUCACGGGAGAUAAAGGCAACACCGAAAAGAUCCAGUUGAAUAAAGAUCCAAUGGAGCUACGUGUUGGUACGACGCAUACAUUUAAAGUCGGCACAGACAAGGACGUCGGGGUCCUCCACUCAGUGACCAUCUCAUUUACUCAUGUAGCCCCCAUCUUGAACCCAUCCCAGUGGGACGUACUCGGACUACGGAACCCUAAAAUUUACAUCGCAGAAGUUGAUAUAGACAACAAAGAAUCAAACUCCAGGACACGCCUAUGUGCAGGUGGGGUCAGUGUUGAAAGUGACAAGUCUCUAGUUGUGAAUAAGUUAUGUUAGUGAUUUCAAAACAUUGUAGUCGAAGCUAGAAUAUCUAGACCAGGUGUCUUUAGUGGGAAAUAUAAAAAAAAAUUGAAUUUAACAAAAGUGUCAUUGUUAUU